AUUAUACAUUGUUACAUUAGGUUGCUGAAACAAAUCUCGAAGAACCAAUCGACGCAUAGACGUUCUCUUCUCUUCAAUGGUGGUUGCAGUCAAAGUUUUCAAGAAGACUACUCCAAAUGGUAAAGUUACCGUCUAUCUAAGCAAGAGAGAUUUCAUCGACCAUCUCGACCAUACCGAUCCUAUAGACGGAGUUGUUUUCAUCGAGAAUGACUACUUACAGGGUCGCAAGGUUUUCUGUUCUGUGGUCACAGUCUACCGUUAUGGACGGGAAGAGGAUGAGGUUAUGGGAGUUAAAUUCAGCAAAGAGAUAUCGAUCGGGUCGGUCCAAGUGGUCCCAUCCAAGAGGGAAUUAGAUCAGAUGACAACCAUUCAAGAGAAAUUGGUGAAAAAAAUGGGACCCAACGCAUAUCCAUUUACAUUCAAGUUUCCUGACAUGGCGCCAUGUUCAGUGACCCUCCAAGCGGGUGAAGAUGACCAAGGCAAACCACUUGGUGUGGAAUAUUUCGUAAAGUGUUGGGUGGGCAACAAUGAAGAAGAUAAGGGCCACAAAAGAAGCACUGUUCAGUUGGCAAUAAAAAAAUUGCAAUAUGCUCCGGCAGUGCGCGGAAGUACAAGGCUUCCGUCUUCGCUUGUCUCGAAAGGUUUCACUUUCUCCAGUGGCAAAAUCAAUUUGGAAGUGACGCUGGAUAAGGAUAUUUACUAUCACGGCGAGAAAAUCGCUGCUAACAUUAUGAUUAGCAACAAUUCGCGGAAGCAAGUGAGAAAUAUCAAGGCCUAUGUUGUACAACACUGCGAGGUUACAAUGGUUAAUGCUCAAUUCUCCAAGUACGUGGCCAGUUUAGAGACGCGCGAAGGCUGUCCAAUCACCCCUGGAGCAAGUUUCACCAAAGUGAUCUAUCUCAUCCCUCUGGCGGCGUCCAACAAAGACAGGAGGGGAGUGGCAUUGGACGGGAGGCUGCGUGAUGACGAUGCCAACUUGGCCAGCUCAACUCUGGUUCCCGAUGGCAAAUGCCCAAUCGACGCGAUCGGUAUCGUGAUAUCGUACUCACUGAGAGUGAAGCUCAACUGUGGUACUCUCGGAGGUGAACUGGUCACCGACGUGCCUUUCAAACUGCUGCACCCUGCUCCCGGUAUGGUUGAGAAAGAGAAAGCGAUUGCUAUGAAGCGAAUGAAGUCCAUUGAUCGUGGUCGCUAUGAUAAUGAUGACGAUGACAACAUCGUGUUUGAAGAUUUUGCGAGAUUCCGCAUGUCACGUGACGAAAUGGAAUAGAAUCGACAACACCAUUUAAUAAAUGAUAGAAGUAAGGUAUGAUCAAACAUCUAAAAGUCGAGCAGGCUUAAAAAUGCAAUCAAUUAAAUUCAAGAUUUAUGAAUUUUUCAGCUUCAUAAUUUUAAAAAACUAUAUAAAUUUCACAUUUAACUAUUGUUUCUUGUCAAUUUUUUGAACGUUAACAAAAAUUUUGUGAACGAACGGUAGAAAAACAUUUGAAGAUUCUUGCCUUUAAGUAUUUUUGAUUAUACUGUACUUUUAUUGCACCGGACAUACGACAACGACUAUAUAAAGCCAAAUACAGUGAUUUUUUUCUUUUUAGUUACUUAGAUACUUAUUAGAAGCAAAUAUUAAUAUGCAGGGUUUAUAUCUUAACAAUAUUUGUAUAAGAAUUAUUCAUAUUUUAUUCUCUAUUGAUAUUAUUAUAAUUAUUUAAUAUAAAACUUUAUUCUUUAUAAGAAUUAAACACUUCUUGUUUUUCUAUUUUUCGGGCAUAUUAAAUUAAACACUAUUGUGAAAAUAGAAAGGCAAGUAUAUUUUAUUAAAGAAACGGCGUCGUAGUAGCCAUGAAAUAACAAAUGAUGAUAAUUUCUGUCAGGUCCUUUUUCUUUAAAGAUUAAUUUUCAACAAUUUUUAAUAAAUGACAUAUGUAUAUAGGUGAUUGGCCCGACAGAAAUUAUUAACAAUUGUUAUUUUAAAGACCACUAUGAUACUCUUUUUUCCGAUCGUAUGGCAUGUUUCAUUCAAAACCAAUGGCAAAACUAAAGAAGUUUCCGAAAAGUAUGAUUAAAUAAAUAAGAGUGUACCUACUUCCGCCAGAAGUGAUAAUUGUUAAUGUAGUUAGGCAAUAAUUAUUGUUAAAGUAGUUCUUAAAUCUAACUUAAAUAAAUAUCUA